CGAAACAGCGCCAAUGGCGCCAAGUUGUCAUCGUCACUAUUUUUUCUGCUUAUCUUUGAAUCCAUAGAUGUUUGAAUCGACUUGUAUCGUUCGUGUUUCGAUUGAGAAAACCGUGGGAUUUGCGAGUGGUGUCAUGUUGUUUGUGUGUGUCGUCCAAGCUUCUUGCCGCAAACCUCCCCCGUCACCUUGGCAGCUUACGUGAUACGUGAGGAUUUUUGCGUUGGAAAACGGCUGCGACGAGCACUACGUACCCAUGUCUGCCGUCGUCAAGCUCCCAAGUAUCGAUGACUUUGUAGUGCUCAAGCCAAUCAGCCGAGGUGCCUUCGGCAAAGUGUACCUGGCACAGAAGAAGGGCAACAAAGAUCAGGUUUUUGCCAUCAAGGUUGUCAAGAAGAGCGAAAUUGUCCACAAGAACAUGGUUGACCAAGCACACCUUAUGCUGAUGUGGCGCGUCGGGGGCAGCGUCGCAGCAGCCAAUGCCAAGUACCCAGCCCGCGUGCAGCGAGCAGGUACCUUUGGCUCCUGCCCCCAUGGUGGAAGCAGGACCGAUAGAGGCCACGAAGGUAGGCGCAGCCGAGGCUGCCCCGGCCUCCCCGGCACCUCCCAGCGCUGGCAACAGCCGUCGCAGCCAAAUUCCACAGGGAGCCCCAUCGACCUCCGGGCUGGUGGGCAUAGGGGUCUUGCCUUCCGAGUACUUGCCGAACGCAAUGCCUUGGCUGUCAGUUGCAGCCCCUUUGUGGUGCGCCUGUUCUACAGCUUGCAGACACCCAGCUCCGUCCACCUGGUGAUGGAGUACAUGAUCGGUGGCGACGUCAAGUCACUACUGCAUGCGUUCGGCUUCUUUGAGGAGCCCAUGGCACGUUUCUAUGCAGCAGAGGCGGCCCUUGCUCUGGACUACCUUCAUCGUCGAGGGAUCAUUCACAGGGAUCUGAAGCCGGACAACAUGCUCAUCUCUGCCGAAGGGCAUGUCAAGCUGACAGACUUUGGCCUCUCACAGGUGGAGCGGAAGCACAUUGAACUGGCUGAUGUGCUGGGGACACCUGCAAGCCGUGCAUCUUCACGUCCUGUACUGGGCCGCACACCAGGCCAGCUCCUGUCGCUCACGUCAGACUUGUCCUUUACAGGGGCAUGCCUGCAGAGCCUAGCGGUGCAGUCAGCACCGCGACGCCAGUCGUGCCGACGACGUCUGCCACGAGGUUCCUCCUGUGGCUCUGCUGGUAGCAGUCGUGAUGUUGUCCGGCACCUGUCUAUGAAGCGGUCCCCAACCAGCCCCCUGGUGGUGGGUGCCAAGCGUCUGCACUUUGACCUGGGAACCAGCCCACCCUUGCGGAGCCCCCGGCAGAGCAGCGUUCAGUCGCCCAAUGUCCUGAGUCCCGAGUGGGCUGACGGUGUCCACCAUAGUGAUGAGGUGUUUGCAACAAGACCACCUGGUAUCACUCCUGGGUGCAGUGCUAGCAGCCUGGAGCGUCGUACUCCCAAAGUGUCAAGAGGCCAGCACCGCCUGUUGGGCACCCCAGACUAUUUGGCACCCGAGCUUCUCCUGGGACAAGAACAUGGAGCGCCUGUGGACUGGUGGGCCCUGGGCAUAUGUCUGUACGAGUUCAUGACAGGGCUGCCACCUUUCUGCGACCAGAGUCCAGAGGCUGUGUUUGCCAACAUCCUUCAUGGAGGCCAGAGAACACCAGGGUCGCGAUGUUGGGCAACCGUGACGACGGGAGCAAUCGGAGAAGCUGAAGCCGUUGCAGAGGUGGUCUCGUCACCGGGAGGCAUGGUGACAAGCUCGAUGUACCGACCACUUCGGAGUUCCGUGGCAAGGACGAGGAUCGCUCACCUCCACCAGAAUGUUAGGUGUAGAAAGAUACAGACGGAAGAGGCUAUUUACAAGCUAUUUACACUGGACUGGAGCCAGAGCGCCAGGCCGACAUUUUCUCGCGCCAAGGGCACAGACCCACUUUGUCGUCGUUCUCGCGGCGGCUCGUCUCUCAGGUAUCUACUGAUAUCGUAAUAAUAUAUAUCUAUUAUAUAUUAUCUAUAUCUAUUAUUUAUUAUAUUUCCUUUAUCUUGUGGUCAAACUUACAUAGGCCAGAAAGAUUGUUGCAUCAAUAUUAGACUAAUGGAGCAUGCCAAUUCAUUGGACAAAAAAGACACUAACCUGACAAAGCAUUGCAGUAUUUGUAAAUGCGUACCUUUCUUUGACGAUACACAAUUGUUAUUUUUUCAUAGUGACAAGACUACCAGAGAAGUCGCUGAAGCAUUCCAUAUCAUCAAAAAAUCUAAUAGUUAUGUUAGCAAAACAUCUUUAAUCUUGUCAGCGAAAGAAAUGGCAUUGCUGCAUAAAGGGUAGAUUGCAAGGCAGGUACAUUGCGUGUGUAUGUUUCUGUC